AUGGCGGAGUUGACAGCAUUGCCCGUAUUUUUCGAUGCAGCCGAAAAUCUCACUGCAAAGGAACGCAUUGAGCGAAAGCGACGUGAAACUGCCGAAAUUAUACGUUGGAAGUAUCGCAUCCUCAAACUAGAUGCCGUCAAGCCGAGUGCAACAGCCGAAGCGUACCAGAUACGAUGUCUGAACAAGCGUUUGGUUCCGCUUGAACAAGAAAAAGCCGCUAAAGAGCUGUCGUUGAAGAUUUCCAAUGCGUCAGUCCACCGGCGGGAAGCGGAAUCAUCGCGGCGCCAAAUUUUGCACCUCCUGGAUGAGGUUGCAACUUAUCAGUCGAAAAUUGCGAGCGCCACAACCGAUAUGAACGAAUUGGAAUCUCAAAUCAAUCGUGCCUCCCUCGAGCUGGACAAUUCCUCUAAGGCCGUUACCUCCGACUACAACUAUGCGGAGGCACUGGUGAGAUCUCACAGGCAACUGGAGGCGAUGGAAGACAGGCUUCAUCAUGCACGAACUCUCGAGGGAAAGCUGCAUGCCGAAAAUCGGAAGUUUCGCCAGCAUAUCGAAGACAUGCUAGGCGAGAGGAAACGGUACAACAUGCUUUGGAUGGAGUACGUGCAGCAGUUGAAUCGGAAUCGCAAAUUUCUGCACGAUAUGACCGAACGCGCGACGUUGGCGUUCAACCAGGGGGAGGAUCUGUGCUACCGUGUUGAGGCACUCAAAACGCAGCAGCAGCGUGAAGCUCGUUCCCGUGUGCAGGAAAUGGUGGAGCUAGAGCGACAGAUCGUGGGAACACGGCGUACAAACGAAUUUCUUCGUACGAAAAGCUGGAAUCGUCCGGUAGCCUCGCUAGAUCCGUUGCUGGUUCGAAAGCGCGAUCUAGUCAAACAAGAGCAUCUAGAUAAGCUUCACCGCUAUGGAGCAGUUAUCGAUCAUACGAAGAACUCGUUGAACGUGGAGACCAUCCAGCAGGUAUUAUUUGAAAUCGAAAAGCAACAAGAGAAGUACAUGGCGCUUUUUAGGUACAUUAACGUAACAAACGAUAAAAUCGAGGAAGCCAACCAGCUCGCUCGUGAUCUCGAAUUGGACAGCGAACGGUUGCAGGCUGCUGAGCGGAGGAAACGAUGUUCCGAUGCUCAGAAGAUGAAGCGAGACUUACAGCAGUUACAGGAUCGUGGGCAACAAACGGUGGCGAUGGAAAAAGAACUAGCACAUCAACGCGCAAGUCUCGAAAUAAAGCUGACCACAGUUGAGCACGCACUUUCGCUGGUUGGCUACAGCCGUGAGAAGAUCCUUUUGCUUAUGGCAGGGACAAGCAGUAUCGACCGAUCUCGAAUGACAGAAGACAACUUGAAGAUGUCGCUCGCCGCAAUAGAGCAUAGAGUGUUGGCGAUGAUCCGAAUGGCUGUUGCUGACAAUGAGGACGGACGGGACAUCGCUGUUGAAAGUUUAUACGCAAGCCAACAGUGUGCUGAAUGCGCCGAGGGUCAGGACGUAAACCAACACGACGAACGUAUAGUUGCUCCAGUUCUGUAUGACCAGCUGGUGGAAAAUGUUCUGAAACGGAGUACAGCUCCAGAGAUGCUCUACCGGCUUCACACACUGAGUCAGUGUAAACUGCCCCGUUCUCGGAUGUUGGUAAAUAAGAGAUAUCAAUAA